ACUGACUACACUGACAAACUAAAGUCGUCUCUGCAAUUUCUUGGAUACUUCAAACACGAAGUUCACUCGCAAUGGAGAUUACAGUCAAGAAAUGCUUGUGAGCAAUCAGAAACAAAAGGAAGAAAAAGAUUCUUGCAGACAUAACUGAUAAGAAAUUUAGAUACAGUUUACUUGUCCUUAGCUAUAAAAGACCGUCCAUUUAUCUCAGGUGUCUCACUCCUAUGGUUGGCACUGUUCGCCUGCUCAGUUGGCCUUCUUUUGGGCAUAAUUAAUGUUAUAGGAAGUCCUGAGCCGUAAAUUCUUCUCUCACUUAGGUGCUGCUCUUUCCAAGAUACCAAGAAUUAUGUGAAAUAGGGUGAUUGGAGUUUCUGCUUUAGUUUUUCGUCAAAGAUAGCAGACUUACUUUCUGUAGGAUCAGAGCUCGUGAAAGAUGGCAGAUGCCGUUGUAGAGUUUCUCUUGGCUAAUUUAAAGGAGUUACUUCUCUAUCAUGUAGACUUACUUUCAGGGGUGAAGGAUCAAGUCGAAUCUCUUCACAGGGAGCUUAGCUUGAUGAAGGCUUUCCUUAAGGACUCUCGGGAGAAGCGUGAUGAAUCUGCAUAUGUUAGAGAGAUAGUUCGACAAAUUACAGAUGUGACCUAUGAGGCAGAAGAUAUCAUUGACACUUUUGUAGUGCAUGCAGCAAUGCAAAAGGCAAGAAGUGCCUUGAAAAGAGUUUUUCAUGCCCUAGAUCACUCAAAUAUGCUGCGAAGUGUGUCAGAAGAUAUUAAAUCCAUCAAAGUGAAGGUCAAAGAGAUUUAUGAUAAGAAGAUGUUUGGAAUUGAAAGCCUGCAAAGUGGAGAGCCUUCUCAUAAACCAUCAGCCAGAAAAAGGGCACCUAUUGUGGAGGAAGAAAAUGUUGUAGGAUUUGAUGAAGAGGCAAGAACAGUGGUUGAGCGGCUCACUGAUGGACCAGAACAGCUAGAAGUGAUAUCAGUUGUGGGCAUGGGUGGGCUUGGCAAAACAACUUUGGCGAAAAAGGUUUAUUCUGAUCCUUCUAUUGAAUAUCACUUCUAUAUUCGUGCAUGGGUUUACAUGUCUCAACAAUAUUGUAGAAGAGAAGUUUUUCUUGGCAUUUUAGACUCCAUGGGCCUCAUCACCGACCAAGUGUACAAAAUGAAUGAUGACAGGCUGGCCGAGGAAUUGUUCAGACAUUUAAGGAGCAACAGAUAUCUCAUUGUCAUUGAUGAUGUCUGGACAACGGAGGCCUGGAAUGAUAUCAAAAUGGCUUUUCCAAAUACUGCAUGUGGUAGCAGAAUAUUGUUAACUAGUAGAAACACUGAGGUGGCUAUGCAUGCUAACCCUUACUGUAAUCCUCAUCGUUUGCGUUUUCUAACUAACGAAGAAAGCUGGGAAUUACUUUGUAAGAAGGUUUUCCGAGAGGGUAGCUGCCCUCCAGAGCUACAAGAGCUGGGACAGCGGAUAUCAAAACGAUGUGAUGGACUGCCUCUGGCAAUUGUGGUUGUUUCGGGACUUCUUUCAAAGAGAGAGAAAACACGCACUUGGUGGAACAAAGUUGCCGAAAGUGUAAGUACAUAUGUUGCUAGAGAUCCAACGCAAUGCAUGGACGUCUUGGCAUUGAGUUACAAGCACUUACCUGAUCACUUGAAGGUGUGCUUCAUCUACUUUGGGGCUUUUCCAGAAGACUUUGAGAUCCCGGUGUCGAAAUUACUGAAAUUAUGGGUUGCUGAGGGAUUUAUACAACAAAUAGGACAGGAAACUUUAGAAGAUAUUGCAGAAGAGUAUUUGGUGGAUCUUGUCGACCGAAAUCUGGUUAUAGUGGCAAAGAAGAGGGCAAAUGGUCGGAUUAAGUCAUGCCGAAUUCAUGAUAUGCUCCGUGAUUUAUGCAUAAGAGAAGGUGCAGAAGAAAAUUUUUUGCAGGUGAUCAGGGGUAUACCAGAUCGUGCCUCUUUGACCUCAAUCCCAAAUUACUGUCGCCGACUUUGUAUCCAUUCACAUGUUUUGGAGUUUGUCUCUUCAAGGCCUUCUGGUCCUCAUGUUCGCUCCUUCUUCUGCUUCUCUAUGGAUGAAAGGGAUGUGCCUAGAGAACACACAUCUUUCGUCCAUGAGGCUUUUAAUCUAGUUAGGAUAUUGGAUUUGAAGUCAAUUAUCUUCUCACGCUUUCCGAAUGAGAUAGUGCAGUUGGUACACCUGCGAUUUCUGUCUCUUUCUGGCCACUUCAAGGUUCUUCCUCCAGCAAUUUCCAAUCUGUGGAAUCUGCAAACACUCGUUGUUGUAACAACAUCUCGGAAUCUUGACAUUCAAGCAGAUUUAUGGAAAAUGUUACAGUUCCGACAUUUGCAUACAAGUGGAUUAAGUUGCUUACAUGGGCCUCGUGCUGAAACAAGGAAGGAUAGUGAAGAUCCUUUUGUACGAAGAAAUAUUCAAACUAUUUGCACGAUCGUGCCUGAGUGUUGCACAGAGAACAUAUUAUCAAGGACUCCCAAUUUGAAGAAACUAGGAAUUCGGGGCAAGUUAGUUAUGCUUGUGCAGGAAAGAGGAGGAAUGAGUUUGUUUGAUAAUCUAGCUAAGUUAGAUCACCUUGAAACAUUGAAGUUGUUGAACGACACAUUCCCCCUGCAUCCUUUCAAAUGCCACAUACCUGGUCUUCCGCAGUCCUAUAAGUUCCCUCCAAAUCUGAAAAAGCUCACUUUAUCCGACACGCUGCUGGAUUGGUCGGAAAUGUCCACAUUAGGUAUGCUGCCAAAUCUUGAGGUGCUUAAGCUAAAAGACUAUGCAUUCAAGGGAAGCAGAUGGGAACCAUUAGAUGGUGGCUUUCGCCUUCUUAGAGUAUUGCAGCUUGGGAGGUCAGAUUUGGUGCAUUGGCAUGCUUCAAGUCAUCACUUUCCUAGACUCGAAAGAGUGGUCCUUAAACACUGCACACACCUUGAGGAGAUCCCUUGUGGCUUUGGGGAGGUAUCUGCCCUCCAGAAUAUGGAGCUUUAUUGGCCAACGCCAGCUGCUGCUGCCUCUGCUAGGCUAAUUCAACAGCAAAAACAGCAGGAUCAGAGAAUGGUGAACAGUGCAUUCAAGCUUCUCAUCUAUCCGCCAGAUCUUUGAUCACUAAAUUACUACGCCUAGCCACGGUGCAUACAUCAAUUAAAUAAGUACAACUUGUUUUUUUCCCUUCAUUGUUUAGUUGUUUUUUAAAUUGUAUGCUGUCCUUGAUUAAGCCUUUUACAUAAAGAUCCAAUGAGAUGUUCAAAUGUGAGAAAAGAGACUGCUGGGGACUGAAAAUACUUCACUCCCAAAAAUCAAAUGGUUCCUUUUCUUCUUUGUCCA